UAGAGACCGUUGAUGUGGCGCAACAGAAUUUUGUCGCAAAAAUGGGGGCAACCACUCGGGUCACACAUCGCAUCCGAGAGUUUCCCGCCAACAACUUUUACCUUCCCUGGACAUCACACUCUUUUUUUAAUGCCGAAGAUGACAGGAAAACUUCAUCGUCUCAUCAUCAUCAUCGGGGGACGGAAAACGACAUCAGCAACAACGACAACAACAACAACUUUCUUUUCUGAUGAAUUCCAAAAAAAAGGAUUUUUUUGGAAUUCGAUCGGAAAUUCCUUUUUUUCCAGUCAACGAGGAGAGAGAGAGAGAGAUAAUUGCCGACUGUAGGAGAGAGAGUUUCUGCAAAUUGGGUCAUUUCCGAUUGUCAGCAUCAUUGGGAGACAACUUCGAAGCUGAGUUCAAAGUCAACUUCAGUGUCAACUUCAGGGUCAACUUCAAAGUCUGCUUCGGAAUCAACUUUAGAGUCGACUUCGGAGGCAACUUCAAGGCCGACUUCAGGGUCAACUUCAGAAUCGACUUCAGAGGCAACUUCAAAGUCGACUUCAGGGUCAACUUCAGAAUCAACUUUAGAGUCAACUUCGCAGUCAGCUGCAGAGGCAACUUCAGUGUCAGCUUCAACUUUUGGACGACUUCCUUUUGCCCGGACAGUCAACACUGGAUUUUUCCUCCACGAAGGUGGAAUUUCGCCUCCUCCUUGAUGACGACGUCGUCGUCAAUUCCUCCCACGGAAUUUACUCUCUCCUUGGAUCAACAAAUCCCCCCGAGGGCGAGGUACCGUUCAAUGACCGUGCUUGCAAUUCUCGAGCAACGGCGUCAGAUUCUGAUUCAAUUCGAUCUGGCAGUUUCCGGAUCCAAGGAAAAUGCAGAUCAAUCUGACGGGUUUUCUCAAUGGAAAGAAUGCACGUUCGUUUAUGGGCGAACUUUGGGAUUUAUUGGUGUCGGCGCAGGAGAGUGUCACGGGAAUUCCUGAUUGUUUUCUACAACAGAAAAAGGAUCAAAUAAAGAAACGUUUGGAGGAGCAGGAGAAGUUGCAAGCCUCAAUUUCGGAGAAAGAAAAAGAAAAAGAGCGCGAGAAGGAAAAGGACGAGGCUGAGGCGAAAGUCAAGAAAGAAGAGAAGGACACGACCACGAAGGAUCAUCGACGAGAAAGAAGUCGCGAUCGUGAAAGGGACAGAAGCAAGCGAAGCAGAUCGAGAGAUCGUCACAGAGAUCGGGACAGAUCGGGACGAAAGAAACGAUCCUCAUCUCGAUCGCCCGGCAAAACGGGAUCAAAGGACAAUGGCAAGGAUUCAACGGAGACGAAAGUUGAACGCGAAAACUCACCGGCAACUGACAUUCGCGACAAUCCCAUUCCCAUGCUGCCAAUGAAACCAAAACCGGAAGCUGCCGUGGCGAUAUCUCGUCUUCAGGCGAAAUUAAUGAGCAUUGCCGAUGGUAAAAAAAAAUUAAAUCGCUCCGCAUCGCCUGAAAAUCAGGAAAAAACCGCUCAACGUAAAUCACGUUCAAAAUCACCGACAAAUAAUCGUUUAGGAAAAAAAUCUAAAUCAAAAUCACCACAACUACAACAACAAAAGUCAUCAUCACGUCGUUCACGUUCACCACCAACAACAACAGCAAUAACUACAACAACAGCAACCUCAAAAUCACGCAAAUCACGUUCAAAAUCACGAUCACGUCGCACACGUUCAAAAUCAAAAAGCCGACGUUCACGUUCAAAGUCACGUCGUCGUUCGAAAUCAUCGCGCUCAUCAUUGGAUCGACAACGUAACAAUAGUCGUAAAUCAAAAUCACCAAAAUCGAAGAAUGAAAGUUCGACACGUUCGCGAACUAGGAAGUCGCGUUCGAAGACGAACGAUCGGGAUAAACAGCGUAAAUCACGAUCGGCGUCGAGUGACUCAAGAUCGACGAAGUCACGUUCGAAGUCGAGAUCGAAAUCGAUUGAUGACAAGAGAAAGGAUAAUAAUGACAGUGGACGGAAGAGGAAUGCGAGCAGUAGUUCGAGCAGUGGCAGCGAUGACGACAAGGGGAAGGAUAAGAAUGAUUUUGAGAUUCGAAGGAAGAAGGACGGCGUGCAGGCGAAGAGGUCGUAUCGAAAGACUAAUAAGGACGACAGUGGCAGUGACAGUGACUCGAGUCGGGAGAGGAAGACUGGCGGCAAACGGCGGAGUCAAUCGCCGAGGAAGGAUCGGGAUAGGUCCAAGGAUCGGGAUCGAUCUAGGGAUAGAUCUAGGGACAGGAAUCGAAGACGCUCAUCGUUGGACAGAGACCGCGAGAGGGACAGAAGGAGGGACAGGGACAGGGACCGUGAUCGUGACCGUUUGGACAGGUACAGCGGAAGUCGAGGAAUGCGUCCACCAUCCGUUCGAAGGGCUCCAAGCAGAAGAAGCAGAAGUCCGCCGAGGAGAAGUCCAGUGCGCUAUCGGCGACGAUCGCCGAGUCCAGGUGACCGCCGACGUGGACGACGUUCACCGGACCGACGACGAAGAUCAUCGGAGCGACGUGAUCGGCGUCGUUCGCCGGAACGUCGCGAUAGUCGACGACGCUCCUCCGACAAUCGUGAUCGUUCACACAGAUACGACAGAUCACUGUCACGUGAUCGUUCAAGUAAACGCGAUCGUUCACGGGAUCGUCGCGAUCGCGACAGAGAUCGCCGUUCAAAGUCCAAGGAUCGCAAGGGCUCGUCGACCGAGAGAAUUAAGGACACGAAACGUGCGCCGUCACAAGAGCGAAUCGCCAAGGAUUCUUCGUCAGCGACAAACGCUGCCACUGCUUCUUCGGCCGCUAAUUCUUCUACUGCUGCUGCUGCUUCAGCCACCGCCGUCGCUGCUAAUUCCAACACUUCUUCUUCAACGCUCAAGGAUGCGAAAAAUAAAUCGUCACGCGAACGUAAAAUAUCCACCGAUGAGAAGAGUAAUAAAAAAUCGACUGAUUCUGUGGUGAAAAAGGAUUUGAGGAAUGGACGCUCGAAGUCGAGUAGUUCGCAGAGUAGCGACAGUAGUUCGUCUAGCGAUGAGGAACAAUCGAGACGAUCGGUGGAGAAGAAAUUGGCGCAGGAGAAGAAAGAGAAGGAGCGUUUGGAGGAAGUAAAGAAAAAGGAGAAGGAGAAAGAGAAAGAGAAGGAAAAAGAAAAGGAGAAGGAAAAGGAAAGAGAGAGAGAAAAGGAGAAAGAGAAGGAAAAGGAGAAAGAAAAGGAAAGAGAGAAGGAAAAGGAGAAAAUUGUCGAGAAGGAAAUUCCAAAGCGCGUUGAGAAGGAAGUGAAAAAAGUUGCCGAAAUUGUCGUUCAAAAGAAACCCGAGACAAAUAUAUCCCCGAAAAAAGUACCGACUGCCAGUCUCCCAAUUUCUAGACACAGGUUUUCCAAGAGUUUGUCGAGAACGCCAUCGCCUUUCAAGAAGACUGAGGACAUCAUUGCUGCUAAUAAUAAAAUGAAACAAGCAAUUCUGAAGGAGGACAAGUUGGAAUCGCCAAAAGUUAUCGCGGAGACAAUUGUCAUUUCGGGAGCCGAGACUUUUCCACUGAAGAAAGAUGAACGUGUGGAAAAAGUGGAGAGAAUCGUGAAACAAACGAAAGUUCCCAUCGAGGACAAGAAAGUUCAAAAAAUCGUCGAAGCGACGAGAAAAAUUGUCGAAGUGCCAAAAAAAACGAAGCGCGACAAACGCGACGAAUCUUCUGAUUCUGAUGAUAGCGACGAUGGAAUUGAAUUUGGAGUUUGUGAAGAGUCAAAUCAGCAAAGAAAAAUGAAUGUUCCAGGCCGUAAGAAGACGAAGAAAGUUGAGAGAUCGAGAAAAUCGAGGAAAGCAUCGACGGAGGAUGAAAAAUCGGACAAGAGUAAAAUUAUCUCGAGUUCCGAUUCUGAGGACGAGAAGAAAACCGAGAAAUCGAAGAAGAAUCGCGACACAAGUCGAACUGAAUCCAACGAUCGGGGCAAAGAGAAAAAGGAGCAAAAGCGCCGCGAAUCGGAAGUGGAGAAGAAACGUUCGCGUAAAGAUAAUGAAGAUGAGGCAACAACAACGAAAAAAUAUAAACGUUCGAGGAGAGAUUCAUCGUCGCCCGAAGAGGAGCAACGCGGUGGUAAAAAAGGACGUGUUCACGACGACGAGAAAUUGAAAUCAAAGGCAAAAUCGUCGAAGAGAGAUUCGAGUUCGGAUGAUGAGCCGAAAAAAUCACGUAAACGACGUGAAAGUUCAACGGACGAUGAAAAAUCGCGAAGCAGAAAAUCGAGGAAGGACUCGACUAGUGACGAUGAAACGACACGCACUAAAUCGAAGAAAAGCAAACGCGACUCGAGCUCGGACGACGAGGAGAAUGAAAAGGAGUCGAAGAAAAAGCGAAGCAAGGCCGACGACAGCAGUGAUGAGGAGAAGGUGAAGAAGAAGAGGAAGAAGAGGACGAAAACAAGUACCAGUGAAUCGGACGAGAGCGAAGUUGAGGAGAAGAAGAAGAAAAAGGACAAAAAACACAAGAAGCACAAGAAACACAAGAAGCACAGAAAGCAUAAAAAGAAGCGAGUCGCCGAAUCCGAAGAGUCAGACGCAAGCGAAGGGAAUACCGAGGAAUUGGAGAAGAAACUACGCGAAAAGGCAUUGAAAUCAAUGAAAAAAGGCCACAGCGUAGAACAAAGUGAUUAGAAAGAGAAAGAGAAGAAAAAAAAAGUAAAAACAAGAAAUGAUUCGUAAAUUUUUUUCUUUAUUUUUUUUUUUAUUUCACUUUAUUUAAAAAAAGAAAAAAAUUUUCCGAAUCACAAUAAACAAUUCUGUUAAUAAUUUUUUUUUUAAAUCACUUUUUUUCUGUUUUUUUUUACUUACUAUAAAUAGUAGUCUACACGAGAUUUUCUCUCCCAGAAAACAACUCUCUUUUUUUUUUAUUGUUCUUAAAUAUUUUUUUUUAUUAGAAUUAGAAUAAACAAUUUUUUGAAGUGUUAAUAGAAAAAAAGAGAGAAAUCAUUCUUUUUUUCUUGAAAAAAAUAAUCGACGAUAUUUUGAAAAUAUUUGAUGAAUUUUCACCAGAUGGCAGAAAAGAAAAAAAGUGAAUUUUUGUCUUAAUUUUAAGAAAGAGAUAAAAAAUGGAGAGUAUUGUCAUAAUUCAUUAUAUACAUAUUAUAUAUAUAUUUAAUGUAAUACGUUUGUACGCAUUCUAACGUAUCUGCUAUUGAUUUUACGUACGUAAAUAAUAAUAAUAAUAUUAAUAUUAAAUAAAGGAAAUUUUUAAAAAUCUA